AUGUCAACCACACCUUCGAACCGAGCUGCAUAUCUCGUUGAGAGAAAUGCGAAAGAGCUACAGGUCCGGUCAGCUCCUUACACUAGUCCAAAACUAGGCGAGAUUGUCAUCAGAACGCAUGCCGUCGCAAUCAACCCUGUCGAUCACAUCGUUCAAGACAGCAGUUUGAUCUACGGGCAUCUCAAAUACCCUGCAAUCCUCGGCUUCGAUGUCGCAGGAGAAGUCGUUGAGGUCGGCAAGGACGUCACACGGUUUAAGAAAGGCGACCGUGUUGUUGGCAGCGCUGCUGCAACCGACAAGACGAUCAACUCGUCCGCGUAUGGCGGCUUUCAGCUUUAUACGGUCCUUUUGUCGCACAUGGUGUCCUAUAUCCCAGACGCCCUUCCAUACGAAGAAGCCUCGGUAAUUCCACUGGGCCUUGACACAGCAGCAGCCGGUUUGUUCCAGAAGGACCAGUUGGCUUUGCAGCAUCCUUCUGUGCCCGCAGCAAAGUCCACGGGCAAAACAGUUCUUGUAUGGGGUGGCUCAACCAGCGUUGGGUGCAACGCAAUUCAACUCGCCGUAGCGGCCGGUUAUGAGGUCAUCACCACAUGUUCUCCACGCAACUUUGAACUGGUCAAAAGCCUUGGUGCAGUACAAGCAUUUGACUAUAAGAGCAACACCGUGGUCAGAGACAUCAAGAACGCUUUCAGAGGCAGGUUAACCGCUGGUGCCGUGUCCAUCGGCUACGGUGCAGCUCACAAGUGUCUCGACGUUCUUGCCGCUUGCAAGGGAGACAAAGCUUUGACCAUGAUCAGUUAUCCAAUGCCAGAAUCAACUCCGAAACAUUUUGUUGUGCUUCAGACCGUCUUCACCUACUUGACGGGUAUGAUCUCGUUGUGGAUCAAGGCCAAGCGCCACGGCAUCCGUAUUGGCCUUGUCGAUGGAUACACGGUGAUACAUAACGAGGUUGGCCCGAUGAUAUACGAAGGAUAUCUCCCCAAAGCUCUGGCCGAGGAAAGGUUCAUUCCAGCACCCAAGCCGCAGGUCGUAGGGCAUGGCCUCGAGAACGCACAGAGAGCAAUGGACAUCCUGAAGCAAGGCGUCAGUGCGAAGAAGGUCGUCAUAAGCUUGUAA